AUGGCAAACGACCACCGGGAUGGGAUGGACCCUGCAAACCAUGAGAAUCAUCAUGAGGCUCCUAUGCACUUGGUUGGGGACCCAUAUUUUCCUGAAGACGCCCCAGCUGACCUCGCCGAGGAGGAAGACCCUUCAGAAGAGGAAGACCCUAUAGAGGAGGAAGACCCGUCAGAGGACGAGGAUGAGGAUGUUGCAGAGUCAGACAAUGAGGGUAUAUUGGAGGGGGUACAAGAAGAAAUGAAUGAUGAUGGCCCAGUGGAGGGUGAGGAGAGCCUCGUAGAUGAGGAGCCUACUGCUACUCCACCUCCCUCACCACCUAGACUGUGUUAUCAGCCACAUCGCCGCCACGGAAAGAGUCCUGUAUUGCGGAGGACUCCUAGGAUGAGUGUUCCCACAGUAUCCCAUCUAGACACCUUCUCCUACCUUUCCCGACCCAUCUGCAGUCAGAAGAGGAAACCAAGUUCUUUCUUCGAGCCCACUUGGCUCACCGACAUGCUCCGCCAAAGGAGGAUUACUAAUGAUCCUCCACGUUUUGAGAGAGGUGAGUCUUCUCGAGGACCACCACGUGCACCAUUUGGGGGUGACCCCGAGGAUCAGGAUGACAGAUUAGCAGAACGAGUCAAAUCCCUAGAGGAACUUUUUAGAGCUUCAGAUAAUACCACUAGAAUCAUCGAGCGGCGAGUUGAUAGACUUGAGGAGGAGGAGAAGGAUGAUGCAGAAGCCAUUCAGACACUCUAUCACAACAUGGGCGCUGGUCGAACUGAGGCGAAAGCCAUGGGUGCCCAUAUCAGGGCCCUAGAGUACCGGAUUCAAGUUAUGCAGAGCCGACUAGAUGCAAUCGAGCACAGAGCGACCAUUGCAUUACAGGAGCGACGUCAACUUCAGGAGAAAUUUGAGGAGCUGGCCCGCUAUCUGGUCUAUCACUUAGGAUGGUAG